UCAUAUACUCGUUGACGCAGGAACGGUGAUGGUUCUGGUGGUUGCGUAUUCCGGCCGCUGCCGCAUCAAUCCGGACAAUGUGGCCACAUCAGUGGUGGACGCACUUGGUGACAUGACCACAUUGGCCAUCUUGGCUGGUUUCUCUACACUCCUACAUGGACAAAUAGCACGGCCCUGGAUAGCCAGUGUGUUCGGCGCUGCUUUGGUGCUCGUGUGCCCCGCGUGGGUGUGCCUGGCGCGUGGCCACCCGACCUCUAGGAAGGUGCUGGCCGUCGGCUGGUGGCCAAUCAUCGUCGCCAUGAUCAUCUCCAGCAUCGGCCGCUACAUUCUCGACCUGGCCGUCACCCACUUCAGCGGACUGGUCGUGUUUCAACCCGUCAUCAACGGGGUCAGCGGCAACUUGGCGGCCAUCCACGCCAGCCGGCUGUCGACGCUCUUCGCGCAGCGCUCCGAGCUCGGCUGGCAUCCGGAGGACGACAAGCGCCGCUGCGUCGACCCGCUCACGGGACUCUGCGGCCGCAAUCGGCAAGCGCGGGUGUCGCAGCUCCUCCUGCUGCUCUCCAUCCCAGGUCACGUGCUGUUCGUGCUGCUCAUCUUCGUGAUCAGCGACUCCCACGUCCGCCUCACCGUAGGGCUGGUGCUCUCCUACCUGGUCGCCUCUGUCGUGCUGCUGACCGUUCUGCUGUACCUGGCCCGCUGUGGCGCCUACUGGAUGUGGCGGCGCAAGAUCGACCCGGACAACGCGCUCAUUCCGCUUCUGACGGGUUUCGGGGACCUGUGCGGCACCGGUUUCCUGCUGCUCGCGUUCCUCUUUCUCGAGAACAUCCAAGACCCAAGCGUCGCUGGAUUCGUCGGCCACCACGUAUCGCCGCUGGCCUCCAACGACACCGCCCUGGCCGCCAUCUGAACUUCGGUGCCACUUGAGCGGAUGUGCUUGCAACUGCUACGCGCGCGUCUGCCUGGCUGUCGCCCUGGUCCCGCGGGAAGGGUCCCAAGUCGACUUCUUUCGCGCCUCAUGCGCGCAUUCAUGGUGCCCGUUGGAACCGAUAGGAGAGCGCAGUUCGCUCCUCCCCAACGCCGCCUGCGUUUCGACAGUGUGUCAGUCUCGCACGGCUGUGCAACCACAACGCUACGUAAACACGCGCCAAAGGAACUGCAGUGGCAGUACCGUAACUCCAAGUGUACGCACCGAAGCGAAUUCACAGUGCUGAACGAGAUAGUGCCGCUACUUCCGCAUUUCAAAACAAAUUCUAUGACAGAGCCUGUUCCCGCAGCCUUACGAAUAACAGUUUUUUUUUUCAUAACUUAACAAUAAGACGGCGAGCUGCUUAAAGGGCCCCUCACCAGGCCCCAUAGCAAAUUUUGGUUAUACACUGGAAGUUGUUACGUGUCCUCUAGGGAGCGUUCUGUCACAAGCAUUUUUGAAAUCGGUUGAUUAAUAGCUGCGAUAGAAAUAUUUCAGUGCCGCGAACCUAUGAUUUCAGAAGGCGAGCUCCACUGCAUAGCGAGACGCUCACUCCACUCGCCCUGUCUAGCCACCGUAAGCGAAGUUCCUUCCCUGCGUUCUCCCAUACCGGACCUCGAGGACCGCGUGACGCAUAUGUCAAGGGCCCCGCCUUCAUUUUUUUAUUCUCUUCGCUUUCUAUUUUUCUUUUGCGGCGCUGCGCCCGAGCUGUUGAGAUUGGUUUCAAGCAGCGCACGAAUUAGCGCGCUGUGCGCAAGGGCGCAUGACUAGCGGUAUAAUUCAGUGCAACACCAAUACUGAGGCAGAGCAAGCGGAUCCCAGAACAUGAUCACGCGCUGGAGCACGGUAGAAGAUGGCAUAGUUUCGGUACCUGCGCGUGUGACUGCACGACCGUGGGAACAAGCAGACGAAGCGGAAGUACAUCUCUCUUGCUUCAGUGCGAAGUAAAACAAAAAACACGCAGAGAUUCCGUUUGUGUGUUCUAUUGUUUCUCUAAAAUUCAAUUCGUCAAUUCAAACACCAUAUCACACAAAUAAAAGAUGUCGCCUAGAAUAAUUCUCAAAGUAACUUGUCACGACGAGCAACGUCACACUGCGGACACGACUACGUAGGCGCAGGGACGCGACUACGUCAUCGUCCGGCUUGGAGCGCGGUCGCCGCGAAGGAAAGGGAAAAUGGCGUUCGGAUUGAAAUUUCAGAUUUUUCUAUGGCGCGUAGCGAUGUAAUUCUUUGCAAACACGAUCGCUAGCGCGCAUUGUAUGUUCUGCGCUAGUCAGCGCAAUAUGGCCAGACCUGGUGAGGGGCCCUUCAAAAGAACGGGGGAAGGUGGUGGUUGCUAAGGUCUGUGAUGAGAACAGUGUCAAUUUUUCAUGCACGAAAUACGGUGUCAUAUGAUAUGCUUGCUCAACUGGCGAGACUAAGUGGCACACUCCAAUUCUGAGACCGUGUCGUGGCGAGCACGUUGGCCGAUGCAAAGCCGCGCAGACAGUUGUACCACUUGCACAGACAACUUGCAUGCUUUUAAACGUAGCGCAACCUGCAUCGUUCAGUCACCUCUAAGAAAAAUAUAUAUACGGCAGCAUAUGGAUUAAAAACCGGACUAUAUGACGUUAACUGUGAUAGUAGUAAGACGACUCAUUGCCAGUUUCGAACGAUGAGACCUAUCUCGAAACAAAGAACGCGUCGUUAUCUCUUGUUGGGCAUUGUUAGUGGUCUCAUAAAAUAUAUACAGUAGUGUCGACCGUGUGUUCAAGUGAGAAAGGAAGAUCUGGAAUGUUGAAACACUUCAGCCUUGGUAUCCUUCCAUUUGUACCUGCACGUAGUAGCGUACCAUAUAUUUACAACAUAAGAGCUGAAAGCUUACUGCCCACUCAUACUUUAGGUUGCGCACACGGACGAAAGAAUCACUAGACGCCUUCACUUGAAGCCCAUGUUUGACUUUAUGAAAAUGUCGCCUGACGUGAACGCGUCGAAAGAAACGGGCCCGCACGCCACGCGUCAUCUACAUCUCCCUCGAGCGUCCCAAAUCAACACAAAGCACUCUGUCCUGCAUUCUUCUUUCAGUCCUGUGUCAUGCUAUAAUAAAUUUUCCUUGACAGACA